AUGAUCUCGUCUCCCACAAGUGGGAAAGAGGACAUUCGUCGUCACCAAUUGUUGUCGCCAAUCAUCACCUUCGAUUUGUGCACCUUCUAUUUGCAUAUUCCACGCGACGGAGGAUUCAGAUCCAGAUUGUCCGGCGGCUCUUUCUCAUCUUCCUCCGCCUUGAGUCAAGAGCUGCCACUACCAUGCCCUUCUAUCGGAUACAGAUCAACAAUAACUUUCCCCAGUCAUCCUCCUCCCUCUUCAUCAGCUAUUGCCAGUCAUCCGUCGUCGCCUCGUCAUGCGUUGUCCUCAACCUCCUUCCUUUGUCUUCAUUCGUCGCCCUCGGACUAUGAUCUUCCUCCUUAUAUCUCCCCUGCCUUCAAAGAUGAGCAAUGA